AUGUUUUCCAAAAUUUUAGCUCUGAGCGCCGUCUUGGCAGUGUCAGGGGCAGGCCUCUUGCCGCAGCCCCACUAUUCAUCUGCUGCAGCUGUCUCCUCACAGAGCAUCGUGCGUCACGACCAGCCUCAAGCUAUUCACUCUGCACCCGUCGCCAUACAUGCCACCCCUCUUGCCUACCACGCUGCUCCAGUCGCCACUUACGCGGCUCCCGCCCGUUAUUCCGCCGGCCAUGCUGUGUCCUCUCAAAGUAUCUUACGUCAUGAUCAGCCCCAUGCCACAUUCGGAAUUGCUCCCGUGUCUUAUGCAGUGGCACCAGCGCACUACGCCGCGCCUAUCAUCAGCCAUGCUGCUCCCGUGACCAAGCUUGUUGCCACCGCACAACACGAGGAAUACGCUCAUCCUAAAUACGACUUCGCAUACUCCGUGGCCGAUGGACACACUGGCGACAACAAGUCCCAACACGAGAGCCGCGAUGGUGAUGCUGUGCACGGCGAGUACUCGCUGCUUGAAGCUGAUGGCACAGUACGCAGCGUGCAGUAUACCGCUGAUGACCACAACGGCUUCAACGCUGUAAUGUUGGCUCUAACUCUUACAUUCAUGAUGGUCGCGUAUAUUAAUGGCUACGACCAUGCAUUUUCGUCUAAUCACAUAUCGCACCACGAUGGACAUCAUCACAUAGUACACCAUGAACACGGCCACGAACAUGAUUAUCAUUCUCACCCAAAAUAUGAGUUUGAAUACAAGGUAGAGGACCAUCAUACGGGCGACAUUAAGUCGCAGCACGAGCACCGCGACGGUGAUGUCGUGACGGGUGGCUAUGCGCUGCACCAGCCCGAUGGUUCCGUCAGACACGUCGAAUAUCAUGCUGCCGAUCACAGCGGGUAA